AUGCAUCCUGGUACCGUCAAUGGAAAGAAAAUUCAUCCUCUAGUUGAUGACGCUACCAACAACAUAUUUAGCACGGUACCAAUUCUACGCUGCCUACAUAAGCAACUGCCAAACCCUACAUAUAGAUGCCCAAUCCGAAACAAUGAUGAUGCCAUCAACAAUGUUACGUUGCAAUUCAAGAAAAAUAGAGCAAACCAAAACCGGAAAAAAAGAAACACAAAGCAGCUCCCAAGUGUACAUUCAGCUAUUCAGGUCAGAUUCCAAGUUGAAUCGGAACUGAUCAGCAACAUCAAUCAAAGUAUCAAACAGAAUUUUCCUCUGAUUAGUGAAAAUAUCUAA